AUGCGCCUCUUAGACAGAGCAAAGGGUGAGAAAUUCACUCCUUCUUCUGACUUUUAUGAUCACCAAUUCUUUUACAGAAUAGGUCCUACAAAUGGUUCAUUUGUGACGGAAUUCAUUCUAAUGGGGCUAACAGAAGAACCUGACCUCCAAAUUCCCCUAUGGAUCCUAUUUCUAGUGAUGUAUAUCGUCACUGCAUUGGGAAAUUUGAGUUUGAUAAUCCUAAUUGUGAUGAAUACACACCUUCACACCCCAAUGUACCUUUUUCUUUUUAACUUGUCCUUUAUAGACUUCUGUUAUUCUUCUGUGACUACACCCAAAAUGCUGGUAAACUUAUUAAGCAAGAAUGUUAUCUCUUACAUGGGAUGUAUGACCCAGCUUCACUGUUUUUGUUUUUUUGCCAUUUCUGAAUGCUAUGUGCUGACAUCAAUGGCUUAUGAUCGCUAUGUGGCCAUUUGCAAUCCACUUUUGUAUAACACUGCCAUGUCUCCUAAAGUGUGUUCCUACCUUAUAUUUGCUUCAUACUUGAUGGCAUUUUUUGAUGCCAUGAUUUACACUGGAAGCAUGCUGACACUGACCUUCUGUGAUGGAAACAUCAUCAACCACUAUUUCUGUGAUAUGCUUCCCCUGCUCCAGCUCUCUUGUACCAGCACCUAUGUCAAUGAAGUAGAAAUUUUCAUUGUCGGAGGAAAAGACAUCAUUGUGCCUACCUUCAUAAUCUUUAUCUCAUAUGGAUUCAUCCUUCCCAACAUUUACCAAAUAAGGUCUACUGAGGGUAGGUUCAAAGCUUUCAGCACCUGCAGUUCCCACAUAAUUGCAGUUUCUCUAUUCUUUGGAUCUGGUGCAUUUAUGUAUCUCAAACCCUCAUCAGCUCUAUCUAUGGAUGAAGGAAAGAUCUCUUCUGUCUUUUAUACUAUUGUGGUUCCCAUGUUGAACCCCUUAAUCUAUAGCUUGAGGAAUAAAGAUGUUAAAAUUGCUCUGAGAAAAACCCUGAGCAGAAGAAAGUUUUGA